AGCAGAAGCGUGUUUAUGAUUAAACCUGCGGCUGAACUCGCUUCUGACUGGGAUGAUUUCUGCUCAGGCUUCAGCAGAGACGGCCUCUCAGGACCCCCAGCUCCCCGUUUCAGAUGGAUUAGGUCCAGCUGCAGUCAGCGGCUCCCACAGCAGAGCUGCCUCUCUUCCAACAUGGCCGGUAAGAUCCAGACUCUGAGCGAAGAGGAGCGCGCUCACCUGCUGCCGCUGCUGCGAAACGCCCAGUGGGUGGAGACGGUCGGCCGCGACGCCAUCUACAAAGAAUUCAUUUUCAAAGACUUCAAUCAGGCUUUCGGGUUCAUGUCCAGAGUGGCUUUACAAGCGGAGAAGAUGGACCAUCAUCCCGAGUGGUUUAACGUUUACAACAAGGUCCAAAUCACGCUCAGCACCCACGACUGCGGCGGAUUGUCUCAGCGCGACAUCACUUUGGCCACCUUCAUCGACCAGGCCUCCCUGAUGUGAAGCUGCUUUAACUGAGAAACAUCGAUCAGAUUUCAAACGCCAAAUGAAAGCAGAUAACUCUCAGUUCUCUGUGAAAAAGAAAAAAUGUAGCCAUUUGGUUUGUUGUUGAAACUGAGAAAACAGAAUCAGGUUUAAGUUACGUUAGGAUUUGAGUAAUUCCAGCAAUCAUGAUCCAUUCCAUUGUUACAGAAAAAACAUAGAUUUGUUCUGCCUGUUGUUUUUUGUAUUACGGUAAUAAAAUGUUAGGUUGUAUUUGUGACCUGAUGCAUCUAAAUAAUGACCAAGACGCCAUUUUAUCAGGCUCAGGGUGAUUUAUGUAUCUUAUAAGGUAGAAAAGUUCUGACUCAAUCAGUUGUUGAGAGCUUUAGAGAGAGAGAAAAAAAACACCUUAUUUCAAUUUUUGGGCUUUAAAAUAAAGAAAAACAAAAAACUUUUGGCCAAAGAAGUGUUGAUACAUUUUCUCCUGUGGAAAAUGAUUCAAAGAAAAAUAGAUAUAAAAAGAAUAUUACUGGAACAUUUCGUGUCAAUUUGCCCAUCACCCAUGACGGACACAAAGGGCUAGCUAGCUAGCAGGGGUAUAUUAGCAGCUAGUUAGCGCUAGCUUCAAUCGAAUUAAGAAGAAAUUGGACAGAAAAUACCAGAGACAAAAAAAAACUACAAACAAAACACUAAAGUUAACUUUUAUAAAAAUAUGACUUUUACAUAUUAAAAUUGUCACCAUGUUGUGAGUUUGUUACAGAAUUUAAGAUCUGUGAUUAAUGUAUUAAAAGCCAACAUGCAUUAUUUUAAUGAGCUAAAGACACCGAGGUCCAAACAUUUGGCCUUGGAGGCCAAAACAAGCAAAUGUUUUACUACUGGGAGGCCACAAAGUUGAUUAAAUUAAAACUGCAAAAUAUA